AUGGCUCACGUGUUUGUUUUGGUCUGCUUGUGGCAUCUGACUGGUGUGUUGGGUGAAUCAGUGUCAGUGACGGAGGGAGAUUCAGUCACUUUACACACUGGGUUAACUGAAUUGAUGGAUGAUGAACUGAUUAAGUGGAAGUUUGGAGCUGAAAACACUUUAAUUACUAAAAUCAAUGUAAUGGCCAGCAGUCUCACUGUAUAUGAAGAUGUUCUCGAUGGGAGAUUCAGAGACAGACUGAAGGUGGAUCAUCAAACUGCAUCUCUGACCAUCACAAACAUCAGAUCUGAACAUGCUGGAGUUUAUCAACUACAGAUCAACAGCCUGAGCAAGAGUUUCAACAUCUCUGUUUAUGCUCGUCUGCCUGUUCCUGUCCUCAUCUUCAACUCUCCUCAGAGUUCUUCAUCAGUGCAGUAUUGUUCAGUGUUGUGUUCAGUGGUGAAUGUGAGCGCUGUGAGUCUCUCCUGGUACAAAGGAAACAGUUUAUUGUCCAGCAUCAGUGUGUCUGAUCUCAGCAUCAGUCUCUCUCUACCUCUGGAGGUGGAAUAUCAGGAUAAAAACACCUACAGCUGCGUGAUCAACAACACCAUCAGCAACCAGACCACACAUCUGGACAUCAACACACUCUGUCAGACAUCUGAAGGUACUUAUCCAACUGCUGUGCUCCGAUUGGUCGUCACUGCUCUGAUGGGUGUGGCUGCUGCGGCUGCUGUUGUUCUCCUGGUCAAUGACAUCAGAUCUACAAGAGCUUAAAAGACAAAAACAGGACAUUAUCAUAAAUAUCAAGAUGCAUAAUGUUCAUUUAUUCCUUUUCUUUUCGGCUUAGUCCCUUUGGGGUUGCCACAGCGGAAUGAACCACCAACUUAUCCAGCAUAUGUUUUACACAGCAAAUGCUCUUCCAGCUGCAACACAUCACUGGAAACAUCCAUACACUCUCAUACACUAUGGACAAUUUAGCUUACCCAAUUAACCUAUACCACAUGUUUUUGGACUUGAGGGGGAAACCGGAGCCCCAGGAGGAAACCCAUGUGAA